AAAUACUCUUAUCAUUCGGUGUCAAUUAGCGGCAAUUUCACACACACUCACACUCUCUUUUCAGUCUGCGAGAUCAAUAUGAAAGAUGACGCGCUGCUUAGGGACACUACCAAGCGAAGGAUUAUUAUCAGGGCGCUGGAAAGACUGCCAGUUAUGGAUUUUCAAUUCUCUUGGACACCAACUGGGAAGAUGAUCUGUCCCUCAUCAGUGGCUCAAUACUUUUCCAAUCGGGGAUUUACAGUGAAUCUCUGUCCAACUAAGCGAAAAGAGAAUGUCGUGUUCCCAGGGAGGAUUCCCAGGAUGAUCAUCAAAGAGCAGGAAGAACCAAAAGCUGAUUUUGAUGUAAGAGUUGCCGAGUUCCUGGAAUUUGUCGGUCUUUUGGCUAUGGAUUGUUCCACAAAAGAUGAUGAAUUCUUGAGUUCUUACACCUUCUCAGGAUCCACGGAAAACACAUCGAAGGUUACAGUGAUCAAGUGGAAGGGAAUGUUCACUAAGUAUCUCCUGAACAGAGUCUUCAGAUGGCUAGAAACUUACCUUUUGCGCUUCCCAGCCAUAUCCUGGAUUGUGCUCAAUGUGGAGAAGAGUUCAGGGACACCCUUUGUGGAUGGAUUUAGUGACAGAACCUUCAGUAUCGCCAACGAUAGUUCAUAUGCGGUUAUAUUAGCGCCAAAGAAAGAUUAUAUUUGGCAUCAAAUCAUCCCCAUCGACAAGAAAUUCUAG